UACUAGUGUAACGUAAGCUUUACGUCAUCCACCAUGUGACCUAUAUUUACGGAAGUGAAGUCCUCCCCUUUCGUGGAUUCGCCUUUUAUCAAGUCUUUUUCAGUCUUUUAAGGUUAAUCGUUAACGUUAACGUCACAUUUAGCCACUCAACUAAUGCAUUUAAGCUACAUAAAACCAGGAUUGACAUUAGAUUUGGUCUUAACGUGUAGUUAAUGGCAAGUAGACGUUAUGUGUCUAAGCUAGCAACACUAGCUCUAUGCGAUUUAGCACACUAAAGUCAAUAUCAUUUUCCCCGCCGUACUCCAGUCGUCGUUGUUGUUCUGAAGUCACCUCCGGUGGUUUGACUGGGUUGUGGAGCAUCAGCCAUCAGGUAACAUUACUUCGGGUAGCUAGCACCAUGGGGGCCGAGCAGAGCGGAGAUGCUGAGCACAAACACUCAGACUACAGCUCGUCUGUGGUUCCCUCUCCAGCCAAGCAGAAGGCCAAGAUGGACGACAUUGUUGUUGUGGCCCCGGGGACCCAGUCUAUGAGAAACAUCCACAAUGACCCUGAUGUUAUCAAGCUCCAAGAGAUUCCCACCUUCCAGCCACUCUUGAAAGGAGUUUUGAGUGGUCAGACCUCGCCUACCAGUGUGUGUCUGGAAAGACUGGAUCCAGUACAGGUCCUGCAGCUCUGCAUCCGCUACCAAGACCACCUCCAUCAGUGUGCCGAGGCCGUCUCCUUUGACCAGAAUGCUUUAGUUAAGCGCAUCAAAGAGAUGGACCUCUCUGUGGAGACCUUGUUCAGCAUCAUGCAGGAGCGUCAGAAGCGCUACGCCAAGUACGCAGAGCAGAUCCAGAAGGUCAACGAGAUGUCUAUGAUCUUGAGACGCAUCCAAAUGGGCAUCGACCAGACGGUGCCGCUAAUGGAGCGCCUCAACAACAUGCUGCCUGUGAGCGAGCGCCUGGAACCCUUCAGCAUGAGGCCAGACGGGGACUCUGGCUCUAAGUAAGCCAGCAAGAGAGCCUGAACCUGAGGUGAUGACCGCUUCUUUUUAUUCUCUUUGGGUUUUGUGGAGUUCUAUGCAGCUGCCUGCUUAUGAGCUUUUGGGUUUGAGCGUUCCAAAACUCUAAACCUUGCAAGCACAAGACAUGAUUGCAAAUGAGCUGUGGAUGCCCCAGAAACCUGAGAAAGUGAAACUUUGUGGAUUUAAAAGCUGCACAAACGUGGAGAGAAGAACAAACCAUGCAGCCAGUGUGGCUCUUAUACGUACAUGUUCCCUGCAUGGCCAGCUGCUUCUUUGUGUUUGUUUUGGAGGGGGGGUUGAAAAAAAUUAUUAUAACAUGACUAAAUGCAAGCCGGGACAUUCACAUGGAACAUUUCCAUUGAUGUAUGACUUAAGGUUAGGCAUCGAGCCUCAAGCACCAUCUUUGCAAUCCAUUUUCUAUGCCGCUUAUCCUCACUAGGGUCGCGGGUGUCCCAGCUGACUUCGGGCGAGAGGCGGGGUACACCUUGGACUGGUCGCCAGCCAAUCACAGGGCACACAUAGACAAACAACCAUUCACACUCACAUUCAUACCUAUGGACACCUAUGGAAUCGUGAGGAAACGUUCAAAUUCAAACGAUGCCCAACCCUGUGUACCCUAUGUUAAAUUAUUUGCUGAGCAUCACAGUUUUUCAUGUGAAUAUUAUGAAUGGCUUCUACAAGCUAAUUGAAGCUUAGUUUAUUUUUGCUCUAUAUUAACUCAUUCACUGCCAAAGAUGUUGAUCGCAGGUGCUAGAGAUGAAAGUCAUGUGCAACUUGUGUGGGAAUUUCUUGUAGGCAACGUAUUUCUGUCGCAGCAGGAGACAAAAGUUCUAUUUACCUUCAAUCGGCAGCAACAGUUUGUCUGGAUGUGCAUCUGUCGCGUUCGCGAAGGAAAGGGGUGACGUUCGUGACGCCAUUGUUGUUGUUCGUCUAUAAAUAGUAUGCACGAGUACAAACGCACACUUCUGUAAUUUACACAGGCGCAAACAUCUGUAAAUAGAUUAUUUUGUGUUGUGUUCUAAAUCUGUGAAUAAAUGUAGUUAGUUGUCAUGGAAAUCUUUUUUUCUUGUGUUGUUUUUGUUGUUUCUUAGAAGUAAACUGUUCAGAUGUUUGGGGUGUUACUAAAACAAAAAAUAUGGAUGUCAGUCACCAUUUUUGCUUCUCUGCAGAAAAAACAAAUUUUCUCGUUUUUUUGUCAAAAUCGGGUGAAACCACUCUAUGUUCUACUGCGAUUUAUAUAGACUCAAAAAGGCCAGAAAAAAAUAUUUUUUUAUGAAAGAGAGUCUAACGUUUCUUUAUAUAAUUUCAAUGUUUAUUAUGCUAAAACUCAAUAUUCUGUGGCUCAGCAUACUUAUGCCCCAAAACUCAGUCUGGCAGUAAAGAUGUACAAAUUAUAUUUCAUAGAAUGUGCUGCAAAUAAUACCCAGGCUGCACUUUGGACACCCCUGCAUUAAAAGAACCCAAACCAAAGUAGUACUGUUUCGCUGUAAAAGUGUUGAAAAUAAAACUGUGCCAUAAGAAAGUGUCAGCUAUUGAAUUCAUUCAUUCCCAUGGAAACACAAGCCCCAUUUCCUCUAAGGAGUACUAUUUGUUUUUUUUUUUGUUUCCUGUUCACUUCUGCUAGUGUUGUGGUGUUAUAUUUGUUAUGCUUGAAAUGUAUCUUUUCACAA